UACUGGAGAUAAGGAGCGAGCCAACUGUUACUCAGAGGUCCUGAUUACCUGAGUCAAUAAAAGGUAGUGUUUGUCACUUCCCCGCCACAUUCUGUAUGAAACCUGGAGCCACAAUCUGGCAACUCAAACAACUACUUUUGCCUUUUUGAUUGUACAGAUCGUCAAAAGACUUCACUCCACACCUCACCACAAUGCCUCAUCGCAACUGCUCUGUUGAGAUUAACAACACCUCCGGUUGUUACACUUUGGCCAACCCAAGGGUAUUCACUGAGAGUGGCUGCUGUGAAGUGCCUUUACCACCCAUGGUGGGUCCCUGUACAACUGCCAGUGCCUUUUUCAACAAGACCACCGGAGCGGCCACUGGCUCUGUUGGCGUCUUCACCUAUGACCUUUUUAAUCCAGAUUUGAAUGACUACAGCCACAUCAUGGCUGUCAUGUUCUCUGUGCCCUACGACCGAAACCUUUACUCCAACUGGUUUGCAGUGGGGAUCUUUGACAGAGGAAACAACUGCGACUAUAAUCUUUAUGAUAUUAUGUAUAAUGGAAAUGAAAUUAACUUUGUAAGAGGAAAGGCUGAUGGCUCCUGCAUUUCUUAUGAGGGUGACUAUGUUAUUGUCAGUGCCUCCAUGUCAGACUCAGGUGAAGCAGUCCUAAGGGUGGAUGUCAGUGAUACUGGCAUGUAUUAAAUCAAACCGAGAAAGGUUACACUAUUAUGUAAUAGUUAUUAGGCCAACUGAAAAACAAAUCUGUGAUGCUAAAUCAACUCAUUAAAUUUGCCAUUAGCUGAAGAUGGUCAGAUCAAUUAGUAUUGGUGACACACUUAUUAUAUGGGCAGUCUUUGGUGAUUUUCAACAUUUGAUGCCUAGUUUGAAAUAAAGAUUUGUAUGUGUCCAUCA